AUGAAUCUGAUAGAAGUAAUAGAUUUAUCAUUCGAUGAUACGGAUGAUAGAGUGCUACCACUUUCACAACGACAACCACAGCGUAAUCUGGAAGUUAUAGAAAUCGAUUCAUCAUCAGAAGAUGAAGCACCACAUAUUCCAACCGCAGCUCCUACUGUAGCUAGAGCAACAUAUCCUAUAUCAUCUCCAGUUCAACAAUCAGCUCCUCCAUCACAACCAUCAUUUGUAAAUGAUUCCAUUGUUGAUUCUUCUUUUUCUUUCGUUGUUGCAACUCCAUCAACUAUGGCACAGAAAUUGAACAACACGAAUAUCGCACAUAAUAACGGUUAUAGACCUGAAUUUAGUUCUCCGUCAAUUCCGCUGAAUAAAGAUAUUACUAAUAAUCCUCGGAAUCAAGGUACCCCAGUGAGCGUUCAUUGCUCCUCCGCCCGCAAAAAGAUCCCAUAUGAGCUGUUGGAAUUAUCUCCAGUACGUGCCACUACAAAUAAGAAAACCCCUGCAAAACGUCAACCUCGUACCUCAGUAAAUAAUAGCGUACCUGCAGUACCACAACCUCAGUUCAUUUCAAAUACAAAAGCUCCUGCAAUACCUCAACAUCAGGCCAUAUCAAUUAAGAAUGCACCUGCAAUAUCUCAACCCGUUGCUCGCCCAAUCAUGCCUAUUGUCAACUCGGCAACGGAAAAUUUUGACAUCCCCCCCAUGCCAAAUCUCAUUCAUUGGUUAUCCAGUGAUGAAGAAGACGAUGAGAUUUCAAAUACUCGAAUAUCGAGUUCACAACCAAUUAUCCCGACCCUACCCAAGGCAACACCCAUAUUGGCUGCGAAAUCAAAUUCAACGAUUUUCUCCGAUGUAAUGUCAUCACCUACUCCAAAUAUGGCAAAGCGGUCCAAGACCAUGGAUGAUAGUUUGAUGAUAACUCCGAAAAAAGCGAAGACUGAUAGUGCUGCUAGUGGAACUAUUGCUACAGCAACUACUACUACUGCAAAGAGUAAACCGAUCAAACGGUCAAAAACUGAUGAUUUGAUUUCUCAUUAUCCCAAAAUUGAUAAUUUCCAAUAUACACAAAAAGAUCUAAAUGAAGUCAAUAGAGUCACAAGAAAGAAAGAAGAACUAUUAAGUGAAAUGGAACUACAUAUUCCCGAAUCCCUCAAACCUGAAUUCGACCCCCAUUCUGCCGAUUUCCAAAUGAAAAUCAUCCAUUCAAAUAGUUGUCCAACAGGAUUACCAUUAAUGAUCUGGAAAAGAAAUGUGAAAUCACAAUAUAAUCAAGAAUUAGAUCUUUUCAUUCCUUGUCAACCCACAAAACUCCUUGAGAAAACAUUCGUAUUAUAUUAUCUGGCCGAUCAAUUCUUUAAACAUUUAAAAAACAAUCAACUUGGCCCAGACAUAUCCCGGGCAUUCCAACAUAACCUAACCAUCGAUCGCAAAAACCAUCAUCCCGUAAUCGUUGUCGAAGGAUAUGAUCAACUCUUGAAUAAGAUAAAGGCGUACGAACAACGACAAUUCAAAAAACAAGUUCUUGGGGGGUUGAAUGUGGCAGAACAACGACGAAAUCUGAAAAAAGAUCAAAUGGUGAGUGAAUAUCCUACCAGUAAAGAAAUUGAACGAUUGAUUAAUAAAACUCAGAUAGAAUUACGAUGUAAUAUAUUUUUAGUUCGGACUAGAUUGGAGAUUGUACAAUGGUUGAAUUCAUUUACGUUUACGAUUGCAUCGGCGUUAUAUGAUAAGUUUGAGAGAAAUAAGGGGUUGGGGAAUUUAGGGAGUGUUAAGAGUGGGAGUGAUACUAAAUCGACGUUUAUUCAGUCGAUGCAACAAUUUCAUAGAAUGAAUGAGGCAAAAGCUGAUAUGUUGUAUGUUCUGUAUCAGUCUAUGAAACAAGUGUAUAGUAGUAUUAGAAGUAAGGGGACAUUGGGGAAGGAUACAUUUGGGAGAAAGAUUGUGCCUCCGACUGUUGAUAGUGCUAUGGUUAAGUUUUUCAAUUCGAAUGAUCCAGAUGAAGUGGUGAAUGAAUGA